CACAAAGGCUGUCUCUCUAAAAUCUCCUUCCAAGCAGCAAAGCUUCUCGCAUUUUGACGUUGGAGAAGAAAAAAACCCUAAAUCCAAAGCGAGUCCUGUUUCUCCUCAUGGCAUCUCAAAUUCAAGCUUCACGCAUCUUAACACCAUCCUUCUCAAUCAUCGAAAUCGAUAAAGGUCGAACCUUUAUGAUAAAUACGUUCCACACAAGAAUCAAUCCCAUGAAAAGUUUACAGAUUCGAAGACCAAACCAGAGAAUAGCAUUUGCCUUAGACACAGGCUCUUCAGUUCCUCCCCCUGGAGACAACGGAGGAGAAAUUGAUGGAGACAGAACAGGUCUAAGUAGCACUAGAUUAGGCAGAAUUGCGGUUGCGUUAGGGAAACAACUUCUUGUGAAGAUAAACUCUGCAAGGAAAGACUUUCCCAUGAAGAUAUUCUUGCUGCUUCUUGGUUUCUACACUGCUAAUGCGUUAGCUACUAUUCUUGGCCAAACUGGGGAUUGGGACGUGCUUGUUGCUGGAAUUGUGGUGGCUGCUAUUGAAGGAAUUGGUAUGCUUAUGUAUAAGAAGAAGAAGAAGAUGGAUUCUUCUGAUUCUGGAGGGAGGUUGCAGUCUUUUGUUGUGUUUAUGAAUUUCUGGAAAGCUGGUGUUUGUUUGGGUCUCUUUGUUGAUGCUUUCAAGUUAGGUAGUUGAAACUAUCUGUUCUUCUACUCUUAUUAUGAGUUAUGUUUGUGUAUAGAUAGAGAGAGAGCCUUUGAUUAGAGUCACAACACAAGUGUGUAUCAGUUCUAAAAACUCAAGUUUCAGUUUUGCCGCAAGUCUUGUUCUUUGCACUGAGCUCUGCAUUAUAC